AUGGAGAAGCUGACCGGCCAUUGGGUUCAUCCCACCGCCCCCUCCGUGGUUCACGUGAUCAAGAACGGCACCUUGCUCUGGGCUGCAGACGGAAGUCCAGGCGCCACCUGGAAGAUAAGAGCUGAUCCGGUGCAGAAGUAUGGCAAGGAUCACUUUUCUGUCGGCGAACGGAAACGCAAAGGUUCCAAGGCCAGUACUUUGAGGAAAUGUAUCCUCAGAUCCAGCCUCGACUUAGAAUGGAUGAGUCCUUCAGUCGCUCAACACUGGAAGCGCUUGGCUCCAAACAUGGCCAGCUGCCAAGAAGUAAAGCUGGUCGACGCGAAGGGAUCCGAGCUUGCCUUGGUGGAUCUGAAAUCGGAAAAGAUAUUGAAUGUCGCAGACUUGCGCCAUCUGAUCAAGCGCAAGUAUUUUAAAUCGCUCACUUGCUUUGCGGAUGACAUCUCUUUGACUGAAGUAGCUACUGGCAAGCUUUUGAGCGAUGAAUCAGAUGUCUCGUCUAGCGACAUCCUUCCGCCAGUGGUGAGAGUGUCCAGCUACAUUUCAGAUAUGAUCUCGCGAAAUUCCUUGCACCUCAUCUUUUCGGACGGCAAGCAACGGGACGUAAGCGUGGCCGAAGGGUCCCGCGGGGCCCCAGUGCAGUCCAUCCGAGACCUGACGGCAUGGGUAGCGACAGAGACACAGCGACCCGAAGCUUUCAUCACGGUCUACCAUGGAGAUCCGAAGUCAUCCCCGGCAUUAUCCAAAUAUGGCAGCUUACAGCUGGAAAGUGCAACUCUUCAUUUGCAGUUGAUGGAAACCUUGGGUGAGUGGUGGGUCAGCAAGAAGCUAAAGGUGCUAAACUCUGAUGGAACACCAUGUACCUCCGACCUUGCAUCGGCUGGUUCUUUCAUGGAGGCACGGCAGAUUAUCGCCAGGGACACCCUUCGGCCCACCAGAUUCGUGCGGCUUUUGCUGGGAGAUGAGAGGAAGGAGAUGAUCAAUUGGGAUGAGAAGCUCUUGGCAGAACAUGAAGUGCUCACCUUGACGGCAGAGAUGGCUCCUUGCAUCCAGGAACUCCUGCAAAGGGGCGUCCAGGUGAAAUAUAUGAGUGGAGAAGUGCUGGACCUUUCGGCCUUUGAGGGCAAAACUGGGAUCCGCGCCCCUUGCCAGUAUGAAUAUCAGAUCUCACAGCUCCGACCUGGCCAGUCAGUUUGGAUCGGUUGCGGAGGAUUCUACAAGGAAAUUCAAGCACCAUGGGACACCUGGCUUUUCGUGAACUUUUUGAUUUUCAAACACAAGAAUCACCCAGUCUGA